CUUCUGGACUCGCAACAAACGACGCCACAAACGCAACCGUUUGCAACCGCCCGAGGCUGCAAGUUGAUAUAAGUCGGUCCGAGACGGAGGUUCGUGUUACCGCUCUGACCAGUUGUUUUCAAGCAAGCUAAUUAACGGGGUGUGAUAUGAAAUUCGCACUUCCUGUAUGACAAUCGCCCUAAGCACCGAGACACGAAGCCACACCUCCGAGUUGCUGCUGUCUCAGGCCGAGCUCUAGACAGCUUGCUAGACUGAGACGCACAGUCGCCAUUUCCUGACCAGUCCGUUCGCUAUGAGGCGGCGCGCGUCGCUGCUCGCUCCACUGUCGAUGCUGCACGCAACCGGAAUGUGUCCGGAGUCGUUGUGCAGCCGGCUGCUCUGCUUACAUCUCCUCUUCUCGUUUCCCUCACUAUUCGACGGCACGGCGUCGGCUAUCACAUGCUACUGCUCGCAAUGUAUCGAGUCGAACUACACGUGCACGACGUCGGGAAAGUGUCUCUUCUACGCGUCGCGAGUGAACGAGGUGAGCAGGUGGAAGAGUCGCUACGAAUGCGUCGAGCCGGCAGGAGAAUCGACGCUGUGCAACUCGCCGACGCCGGAGACGUCGACGUUCCGUUUGGUUUGCUGUGCGAAGGAUAUGUGUAACAAGGCAGUCGUACUUGCACAACCGACUGAACGAGGUGUUUCCAUACUUGGUGAUGAGGGAAAGUCUCUAAGUAAAGACACUGGAACGAAUGUUGUUAUAUAUAUUGUUGCUGGAGUGGCCGUGUUUGUAAUGGUCGUCCUCACUGCUGUGAUUUUGGUGACGUAUUGGAAGUAUCAUCGAGCACAUCAUCGGGCACUACAACAGCAAUUGGGUCAGGGAGCGAGGACUCGAUCGACACUUAGACGAGAGCAGGAUGGACGUUUGCACUGCCAAUGUUGUCACCAGAGAGACUGGGGACGCGGCAGUCCUAUAAAUAUAUCGAUGUGUGAACAAGGUCGGGGUAGACAUGGAGAGCUGGCUUUAUCGAGUAGUCGGACGCAUCAGAAUGAUCACAAUCACAACUCACAACAGCCGCACACUCACUACUCGGUUCAAGCUGAUAUCGGUCGGCCGCCGUUUGCCGUUCAAGUCGAUCCGAUCAGUCAGAGUCCCGUACCGAGUACGCGGCAUCAUUUACAGCUUGCAUUACACAAGCCAACCGAUCACAGCAGCAGCACCGGUAGCGAUUCGACGGGCUCGUGGAGUGGGAUGUCGACCGAAUGCAGUCGACCGUUAACAGGCAGUGACACCAGAUGAUUGCUGCUCAAGAACAUAAAACGGCUCUGCUAUUAUUACGAGUACUCUUACUGAAUUCAGAGACUAGUUCUAGAUUUAUUACGAUAUCUUAAGUAUGAGGACAGCCUUUUCUAUGGAGACGUAUUUAAGAAUCCAUUCGGUGCAGGGUGGAGAUUUUCUGCUCACCCUCUAUGCACACACUGAUCCAACCUGUGGUUGUGGUUGUAUGAUACAUGAAUACAUAUAAUACAUGUGAAGUCAUAUAUAGUUGAACGUCUGGUCUGGUUGAUAUCAAUAUACAACCAUCGAAA